AUGAAGAACAGAAUUCCACUUAAUAUUUAUGAAAUUCUGUUUGCUGUUCUCUUCAUAAUUUUGAUAUGUGUCUCCACUGUAUUAUUGACACUGCUGUGGCUCAUAAACGAGACAACUCAACAAGGUGGAAACAGUUAUGCAGCCCAAGGAACAUUCACAAUGCUGUCAGGAGCAUCUUUCAGCUUGGCUUUGCAAGACAAAUCAUCGACAGCCUUUAAAAGUCUUGCCUUUGAUGUCCAGCAAAUGGUAGAUGACAUCUUUCAAUCAAGUGAAGUUCAUAACGAGUAUAAGAGAUGUGAGGUUUUGCAGUUCAGAAAUGGCAGUGUUAUUGUGGUAUUCAGUCUCUUCUUUGAACAAUGGUUAUCUGAUGUAAAUAUAAAAAAUGAACUGGCUUUGGGCAUUGAAGGAAAUAAAAGUGUCCAUUUGCAGACUUUCAUCAUUGAUGUGAACAGCGUACAAAAGCUAGAGAAACUCACAACUACCUCCCCUCUCCACACCCCUACUAUAGUGUCUGUGAAGUGUUUACCUCCUGAUGACCUUUGUGCUGAUGGUGUAAGCUGCAUAAAAAGGGACAAAUUUUGUGAUGGAAUACCAGACUGCCCAGAUGGUUCUGAUGAAUACAAGAAAACAUGUGCUACAUCCUGUGAUGGGAAAUUUAUUCUGAUGGACUCCUCUGGGUCUUUUCACUCUAUUAAUUACCCAGAGCCCUAUAUUUCAAACUUGGUUUGCCGAUGGAUUAUACAUGUAAACCAAGGUCUGUCUAUCAAAAUAAACUUCACUUCUUUUGAUACACAACAAUAUGUGGAUACACUAAGCAUUUAUGAAGGCCUCGGUCCAAGAAAGAUUUUACGAGCUUUCCUUUGGGGUUCUAAUCCUGGUACCAUACACAUUUUUUCUAAUAAAGCCACUGUAGAAUUUGCUACAGAUUAUUCUGAAAAUUACAUUGGCUUUAACGCAACAUAUACUGCAUUUAAUACAAGUGAGCUAAACAAUGGUCAGAAAAUUGACUGCAGUUUUGAAGACGGCUUUUGUUAUUGGAGUCAAGAUUUAAAUGAUGAUGAUGAAUGGGAGCGAAUAAAUGGUCCAACCUUUCCUAUAACAUCUGGCCCUGAUUUUGAUCAUACAACUGGCAAUCUCUCAGGGUAUUAUAUUUCGACACCUAGGUUGCUUGGAGGCAAACCAAUGCGAGUUCGCCUUCUAAGUUUACCUUUAGUCCCUGCUUCAGAAAUGUUCUGCCUGAUUUUCUGGUAUCACAUGUUUGGUGCUAAUGUUUAUCAUUUGAGUAUUAACAUCACAUAUGACCAUGACACUGAGAAGACAGUUUUCCAAAAAGAAGGAAAUUAUGGAAACAACUGGAACUAUGGACAAAUACUUCUAAAUGAAACAUCUAAUUUUAAAGUUGCUUUUGAUGCCGUUAAAAGACCAGGGUGGGAUGACAUUGCUAUUGAUGACAUAGGAUUAACAAAUGGAGGCUGCCCAGAAAGUCCUUAUCCAGAUCCUACUGUCAUCCCCACAGUACCUACCACCCCUCUUCUCCCCACUGACUGUGGCGGGCCUUUUGAUUUGUGGGAGCCAAAUACUACAUUUGCUUCAAUGAACUACCCCAACAAAUACCCCAACCUAGCCACUUGUGUGUGGUAUUUAAAUGCGGAAAGGGGGAGAAAUAUACAGCUUCAUUUCCAAUAUUUUGAUCUGGAGAAUAUUGAUGAUGUUGUAGAAAUCAGAGAUAGUGGAGGAGAGGAGUCUUUAUUUUUGGCUGUAUAUACAGGAAAAUCUCCAGUACCAGAUAUAUUCUCCACAACUCACCAAAUGACUGUCCUCUUCAUUACUGAUAAGGCUGGAACUAGGAAUGGAUUUGUAGCCAAUUUCACCACUGGCUAUCAUCUAGGUGUGGCAGAACCAUGUACGCCCAAAUAUUAUCAGUGUGGAAGUGGGGAAUGCAUACCAGUGGUUUACCUUUGCGACCAAUCCCAGCACUGUAAAGAUAAUUCUGAUGAAACAGACUGUGUGCGCUUGCUUAAUGGUUCUCUGAGUCUCAAUGGACUGGUUCAAUUCAAGAUUGAGAAUAACUGGUUCAUAGCUUGUGCAGGCUAUGGGACUGAACAAUUAGCAAGCAGUAUCUGCAAUUGGCUGGGGCUAGGAACAAUGAAUACAACAACUCCUUUACUAUUGGAUGGAAACGGGCCCUUUGUAAAUGUUACAAAAGCAAUCAACAACAGCUUGAUACUAACACCAACGAAAGAGUGUCUCAAUAACUUGGUGAUACACCUGCAGUGUAAUGAUAAACCAUGCGGGAAAAGACUGGUUAUUCAGAAAAGUGGUAUGAAGAUUGUUGGUGGUACCAAUGCUCAAGAAGGUGCUUGGCCUUGGGUGGUGUCAUUACAUUUUAAUUCCAGACCGAUAUGUGGAGCCUCACUUGUCAGCAAUGAAUGGCUGGUCUCAGCAGCACACUGUGUAUAUGGGAGGAAUUUAGAACCAUCUCGAUGGAAAGCAGUACUUGGUUUGCAUUCCAGUCUGAAUCUAUCAUAUCCUCAAACAGUCAUCCAAAAGAUUGAUCAAAUCAUCAUAAAUCCCCAUUACAACAAGCGAACAAAAGAUAGUGACAUUGCUUUGAUACAUCUUCAAUCCCAUGUCAAUUACACAGAUUACAUUCAGCCCAUUUGCUUUCCAGAAGAAAAUAAACAAUUCUUGCCAGGAACUAAUUGCUCCAUUGCUGGCUGGGGAAGAACCACCAAUCAAGGUUCAGUUGCAAGUAUCCUGCAGCAAGCUGAAGUCCCUCUUAUAACACAUGAAAAAUGCCAGCAACAGAUGCCAGAAUAUAAUAUUACUGAAAAUAUGAUGUGUGCUGGGUAUGAUCAAGGAGGAAUUGAUUCCUGUCAGGGAGAUUCUGGUGGGCCCUUGAUGUGUCCAGAGAAUGAAAAGUGGUUGCUGGCUGGUGUGACGUCCUUUGGCUACCAGUGUGCUCUGCCUUAUCGCCCUGGUGUGUAUGUGAAAGUUUCAAAGUUUGUUGACUGGAUAAAAAGGAUCAUUCAUUAG